AUGGAGACGGUGCCCCCUGCUGUGGACCUGGUGUUGGGCGCCUCAGCCUGUUGUCUGGCCUGUGUCUUCACCAACCCCUUGGAGGUGGUCAAGACACGGCUGCAGCUGCAGGGGGAGCUGCGGGCCCGGGGCACCUACCCAAGGCCCUACCGUGGCUUUGUGGCCUCUAUGUUCGCGGUGGCUCGUGCUGAUGGGCUGUGGGGCCUGCAGAAGGGGCUGGGCGCCGGCCUGCUCUACCAGGGCCUCAUGAACGGUGUCCGCUUCUACUGCUACAGCCUGGCAUGUCAGGCAGGCUUAGCCCAGCAGCCCGGAGGCACUGUGGUGGCAGGGGCCAUAGCAGGGGCACUGGGAGCCUUCGUGGGGAGCCCUGCUUACCUGGUCAAGACACAGCUGCAGGCCCAGACAGUGGCCACCAUGGCCGUAGGACACCAGCACCAUCACCAGAGUGUCCUCGGCGCCUUGGAGACCAUCUGGCGGCAGCAGGGCCUGGUUGGACUGUGGAGGGGCGUGGGUGGGGCUGUGCCCCGUGUCAUGGUGGGUUCGGCUGCCCAGCUGGCCACCUUCGCUUCCUCCAAGACCUGGGUACAGGAGAGACAGUGGCUCCCGGAGGACAGCUGGCUGGUGGCCCUGGCCGGGGGCAUGAUCAGCAGUGUCGCCGUGGUCGCAGUCAUGACACCUUUCGACGUGGUCAGCACAAGGCUGUACAAUCAGCCCGUGGAUGGAGCUGGCCGGGGCCAGCUGUACAGGGGCCUCGCCGACUGCUUGGUGAAGAUCUGGCAGCAGGAGGGUCCCCUAGCACUGUACAAAGGUCUGGGCCCUGCCUACCUGCGGCUGGGCCCCCACACCAUCCUCAGCAUGCUCUUCUGGGACGAGCUCCGAAAGCUGGCCGGCCAGGGCACCUAG